CCCUGAAAUAGUUCUAUAUACCACUUCCUUGCAGAUCAUCAGAAUAUAGAGAAUUGUUACAAAAUAUCAUCUGGUUCGCAGCAACUAUCGAUCAAAGACAACAUCGACUCUUGAAUACACCAACAAAGCGCCCUCAGCCAUGGCACCAGUCCAUGUCCUAGAUGACUACUACCUCGCCAUCAGUUUCUUGAUCACACUCGGAUACCAAUCCAUCUUCUUUGCCAUCUCGGUCAUCUUCAAGACCGACCAGCUCAACGAUGUCGCCGGAGGCACCAACUUUGUGAUUCUGGCCAUCAUCACGGUUGCCAUGUACGGCGAACAUCAUGCCCGUCAAAUCGUCGACAGUAUAUUUAUCAUGCUUUGGGGAGCUCGCCUGGCUGGAUUCUUGCUCUUCCGAAUCAUCAAAACCGGCAAGGACGACCGCUUCGAUGACAAGCGUGGAAAAGUUCUGCCCAUGUUGGGAUUCUAUGUUUUCCAAACACUUUGGGUUUGGACUGUUAGCAUGCCAGUUACUGUAUUGAACAGCCCUAUCGUCAAUCGCUUCCAACAACCUGCUUUCAACAAGGCCACCGAUAUUCUGGCAGUCAUUGGCUUUGGCAUCGGCAUCAUCAUGGAGACCGUCAGCGAUAUCCAGAAAUACAGAUUCAAGCAGACCCACCAAGAGCGCGGCGCUGUCUGCAACAAGGGUUUCUUCGCCUGGUCUCGCCAUCCCAACUACUUUGCCGAGAUCCUCAUUCAAUUCUCAAUCUUCAUGCUUGCAGUGACCCCUGCUUCUUACAAUUAUGUCCAGGGCGGCGCAAAGGCUGCACUGUUCGCCAGUAUUGUUGGUCCGAUCUUCUUGACCACCCUCCUGAUGUUUGUGUCGGGCUUGACCCUACAAGAGCGUCCUGGUGCCAAGAAGAGAUACGAAAAGGGCGAAGGUUGGAGUGAGUAUGCUGCUUACCUCCACCAGACCAGCAUCCUCAUCCCCUUCCCACCUGCACUUUACAAGAAAAUGCCUGUCAUUCUCAAGCGAACCUUGUUCCUCGAGUUCCCGAUUUACGUGUUCGACCCGGCAAAGCAUGCUGACCAGGGCGCUGCACAAAGACAGGCAGAGGAGGGCAACAACUAAUAUUUCCAGUUGUAUGAAGAUUGUAUGAGUCGAUGCAAAUGAUAGAUGUAUUUUGGGGAAUGGACGGUACCCAUAAUUAAUAAUAGAACUAUAGAUUAAUUGAGAUAAUUCCUUUUGAACGCUCCUGGACAUAAUGCUGCGGCGUACAUGACCAGAUCCAUCGGCUCGAGACUUUCCAUUUCGACGUUUUUCUUAGGGAUGGGU